GAUCCGGGGAACACAUAUUCAUCUUGUCCAGAAUGCCGCGCGCCACCGAAGAAGACGAAUUGCACCACCACAAGUUACUCAAGGAGAAAAUCGCCAGGGUUUUCGACGGGACCAGAACUUCUCACGCCACGCAUACUCGAAAGCUCAAGGAGCUCUUCACUCUAUUCCUCUCAUCGGCGUCGCCGGGGAAAUUCUUCACAGCAUUUUCCGAAACCUUAGCUCCUCUAUUUGACUUCAGUCGCCGGACGGCCUCCGCCGAAAGGAUUAUCAAGUUUGUCGCCGCCUUCGCCACUUUUCGGUCCGAGAAAAAUAUUAACGCAUUGGAAAUUGACGAGUUUUUGGAGCGGUUUUUGAGGUUUCUGCUUGUGGCUUCUACUGCGGCUAAUAAGACUUCUAGACAUAGGGCUUGCCAGAUCAUUUCCGAGAUUAUAAUGCGACUGCCUGAUGACACAGAAGUGAGCAAUGAGCUCUGGGAUGAGGUGAUUGAGCAUAUGAAGUUGCGAGUAAAUGAUAAGGUCCCGGCUGUGCGUACAUUCGCUGUUAGGGCUCUUUCACGCUUUUUAAGUGAUUCAGAGAACAGUGAUAUUCUUGAGCUGUUCGUUGAUAAACUGCCUUCAGAACAGAAUCCGGAUGUUCGAAAGACAAUUGUGUUAUCUUUGCCACCUUCAAAUGCAACUUUAGCUGCAAUCAUUGAUUGCGCAUUGGAUGUAAGUGAAUCAGUACGCAAGGCAGUUUAUUGUGUCCUUGCAAGUAAAUUUCCUCUGCAGAGUCUCAGUAUCAAGCUCAGGACCACAAUCCUCCAGAGGGGACUUGCUGAUCGAUCAGCAGCUGUGGUGAAGGAGUGUUUGAAUCUGAUAAAAGAUGACUGGCUUCCAAAAUUUUGCAAUGGAGACCCUGUAGAACUUCUUAAAUAUCUUGAUGUUGAAACCUAUGAAGAGGUUGGGGAGUCUGUUAUCUGUGCUAUAUUAAAAGAAGGGUUGGUGAACUUGGAAGAUGUUAAGAGCCUUCAUGAGUUCUCGACUUCAGAUGGUGAGACAACUGGAGGGCCUUUAAAGCAUGACAUCCAACUAAUGGAACCUGAAGUUGCUCUUUACUGGAGAAUUGUGUGUAAGCAUUUACAGAUGGAAGCACAAGUAAAGGGCUCUGAUGCAGCAAUGACGAUGGGAGCCGAGUCUGCUGUAUAUGCAGCAGAAGCAUCUGACAGCAAUGAUCUUCUUGACAGAGUUCUUACAGCUUCUGUUUCAGAAUAUGUGGAAUUGGUCAAAGCUCAUCUUACUGCCGGAUCAAAUUAUCGAUUUGCUUCUCGCCAACUGCUAUUGCUUGGUGAGAUGUUUGAUUUCUCUGAUGCCACAAACAGAAAGGUUGCCGGUGAAUUGGUGCAGGAGUUGCUGCACAAACCCCUUGAUCAUGAAAAGGAUGAAAAUGAUAAUGACAUAGUUAUAGGAGAUGGCAUUAAUCUUGGAGGAGACAAAGAUUGGGCUUCUGCUGUGUCGAAAUUUGUUAGACAAGUUCAUGCAGCAUUAGGAGAAUUUGAAGAAGUUGUUCUGACGGUUGUGGCUGAGCUUGUUCAGCCUUGCAGAGAGAGAACUGCAGACUACAAAGAGUGGCUCCACUGUCUUGCCGUGACUGGCCUCCUUUUGGAAAGUGCACGAUCAUAUCAUUUGUUGCAGGGCAAGGCCAUUGAACCUGCUGAAAUUCUUCACUCGUUAUUGCUUCCUGGGGCAAAGCAUGCUCAUUUUGACGUUCAGAGGGCUGCAAUCAGGUGCCUUGGUCUUUUUGGGUUGCUGGAGAGAAAACCAUGUGAAGAUCUAGUGAAGCAGUUAAGAUUUAGUUUCAUCAAAGGUCCCUCAUCAAUUACCAUCAUGUCAAGCAAAGCCAUGCUUGAUCUGGGACUGUGGCAUGGUCCUCAUGAAGUUGACAAAGCCAUGAAUCAAGACGUAACAUCACAGUUCAAAGACCAAAAAGUGGAUUUCAGUUCUAUAAAUUGGUGUGAUGCUAGUGAAAAUUUGCAUAUUGGAAUGCUUGAUAUGCUAUAUUGGGUAAUGGAGAGGAAUUGCAUUAGUGAUUUUGUAGAAAGCGAUGAGAUUGAGUUUGUUCAAGCUGUUCUGGCAGAAGGUUUUGCAAAGAUAUUACUUCUGAGUGAGAAGUACCCAAAUGCAGAUGCUUCAUCGCACCCUUUAUUAUUAGGAAAGCUGAUUGGCCUCUUUUUUUCUAGUGACAGUAAAGACCAUCUGAGAUUGAAACAGUGCCUAUCCGUAUUCUUUGAUCAUUAUCCAUCCCUGUCUGCAAACCAUAAGAAAUGCUUAUCAAAGGCUUUCAUCCCAGUUACGCGCUCCUUGUGGCCGGGCAUCAUGGAUAGUGCUAAAAGAAGUUCAGCAAUGGUGGCAAUGAUGCGCAAACGUGCUGUCCAAGCAGCACGCUUUAUGGUGCAGAUGAUGCAAGCUCCAUUGUACACGAAAGAUAAUGUACCUAAAGAUGGAGAUGGAAGCGAGGACACAAAAGAUGUCUUUCUCGAGUUUGAUAGUGGAGAGGAAGGGCUUGCAAUACGCAUAGCUGCAGAAGUUAUGGGCUUCCCCUCAAAUAAAACAGCUGCUGAGAAAUCAUACGUGUCAGCACUUUGCAGAAUACUUGUCUUGCUUCACUUUCGAUCGUCAGAACAAGGACCAAUAAAGUUAAUGCGGCAGCUUCUGAGUUGUAUUGCCCAAUCUGUAGUAGCCGAAAGGGAGCUUCUAAAAGAGUUAAAAGAGAUGGCUUCACGCUUAAAGGCUGCAGAUAGAAGUCCUGAUCAACAAUUAUCUUCUGAUCAGGCUAAUCACAUAUUCGGGAGAUUGGAGCUAGAAGUGAACCUCGAUGAAGUUGAGUCAGUGGAACUUCCACCCACUCCAGCACCUCGAUCAAUUAGAACAGCCCGUGCACGGAGACGACCAAAAGCUGAAGAAGAAUCUUCCUCCGAUGGUGAAUUGUCGCCAACUUCUGUCGUUCCUGCAGAUUCGAGCAACAUGAGAGCUCGCUCACAGAGGGCCAGCAAGACAGCUGCUAUGACCAGGAUGACAACCAACAACACUUCAAGCAUUAACGAGGAGGAGGCAGAGGAUGAUGACAGUCAAGAGGAUUCAGGUUCAGAGGUGACAUCUGCAGAUGACUCUGAUGCUUUUUAACUGGAAGAUGAUUUCGUGGAAGUAAUGGUGCAACAUCAGACUCUGCAAUCGUUUGUUUUUGGGAUUCUGAAAGUAGUAGAAUCUAAGCUCAUUCGUGUCUUUCUCCUGCACUAAACUACACUAGCGAGAUCCUAUCUUGUUUAUUUAUCUGUUGUUAUUUCGCAUCAAAUGCGCUGGAGCCUAAUGACACCUAUGCAUGAAUGUUUUUGCUGCGGACUGACACUGGCAACAAGUGUAGCUAUAAAUAUCUCAAAAGGGAGACUUGAACUUUCAA